CCGAGGAUGAGAAGCUGCUGUCUGAGCCUCUCAGCCACCCCGACUUCUUCAACGUGAAGGAGCUCUUCUCCCUGAAAGAUCUCUUUGAUGCUCGGGUGCACCUGGGGCACAAAAAGGGAUGUCGGCACAGGUUCAUGGAGCCCUACAUCUUUGGCUGCCGCCUGGAUCAGGACAUCAUCGACUUGGAUCAGACGAUGCAACACCUCCAGCUGGCCCUUAACUUCACUGCCCACAUUGCCUACCGCAAGGGCAUCAUCCUCUUCGUCAGCCGCAAGCGCCAGUUCUGCCACCUGGUCGAGAGCACGGCACGGGACUGCGGGGAGUACGCCCACACCCGCUACUGGCAGGGUGGCCUGCUCACCAACGCCCACAUCCAGUUCGGGUCCGGCAUCCGCCUGCCCGACCUCCUCAUCUUCCUCAGCAGCCUCAACAACGUCUUUGAGCCCCACGUGGCCAUCCGGGAUGCUGCCAAGAUGAACAUCCCCACGGUGGGCGUGGUGGACACAAACUGCAACCCCUGUUUGAUCACCUACCCCAUCCCCGGGAACGACGACAGCCCCACCGCCAUGGAGCUCUACUGCAAGCUCUUCAGGAUGACCAUCAUCCGCGCCAAGGACAAGAGGCGGCAGACCGAGGUCUUCAACGAGCUGCGGAGGAAAGCGGAAGGCAAUUAG